AUGAAAAUAUUUCGAUUUUUAAACAUCGCUGCAGCAAACGCGAGAAGAGAUGAAAGUGGUCGCAACGAAUUUUUCGAUUGUGGAGGAUUAACGGAGUUCAACGACGAAAUCAAAAGUGUUGAGAUUUUCUCACCUAUUGAUUUUGCCGCGUCAAACGAUUCCUCGAAAUUCUAUCCAUACAAUGCUUUUUGCGAAUGGGACUUCCACGAUGACUGCGCAGAUAGCUUCCGAAUCGAUACAACGUACUUCGACAUUGAAGGAAACCCUCGUUGCGUUUGGGACUCAUUGACGAUUACGAAUGGAGAUUCAACUUACAACUCGACUUUCUGCAAUCGAUUCAACAACGUUGACGACUAUUUUUCCGACGACUACUGGGGCGAGCCCGAGUCUUGGGCGGAAUUCGAAGAUCUUGUGCCCGGUGAACCAGUCUUCAUUCCCGGCAACUCGAUGAGCAUUACUUUCAUCAGUGAUGGUGUCAUUAAUCACAGUGGCUUCCAACUUUCCAUUUCACCAGUCCGUGACGAUCAGACCUGCAGCUUCACUGAAAACAAACCGGUGUGCGUUUGGCCAUACAAAGAGCACAACACCGUUUUCAUGAAGGCUUGGAACAUUGGAUCGCAAGACAAACUGACCCCCUUCUCCAACUAUGCGGAUUCUUUCAACGAUGAUGACAACGUAGGUAUUCUCAGUUUUAGAAAGCAAUGCGCUGGAAGAUGUCGCGAUACUCCUGGUUGCUUCAAAUUCAUGCUUGAUGGAGCUUCUACCUGCUUGCUUCGAGGGAACGAAUUGGAAAAUCGCAAUCAUGAUAGUUACGCAAUUAACGGAGAAGACUGCCCAUCAGAGCCAUCGACUCGCCUUUGGAAGGAUUUCAAAACAAGAGCAGUAGUCUUUUGCAAGUUUUAUGACGUCUCAGAUGCAAUUUGGUAUUUGAAUAAUCGCCUGCUCAAGUAUAAUCCCCAAGCAUUAAAAUGGGCUGUUACAGAUGAAAAGGGAGCAACUUUGAAACGAAGAAUGUCUCGAAAAUGGACGUUUGCGAUCGCAGAUGAUAAAAACAGCGGCGAUGGAGUUUGGUACUCCUUCGAGUCAACUGCAUUCAUCCGCGAGUACCUCGUCCCUGUCAAUGAAACGUCCGCCACCACGACAUCUACGGGCACUUUUGGUAGAAGAAAACGAGAGACGAACGACUCAGAUGUCCUCGUCGACAUGACCGGCCAAAUAAUCCAGGAUUUCAUCGAGAAUCUCGAUAUCGGAGACGCUCAAGUCGUCGAAACAGAAAUCUCCGAUAUCGAAGUUGAGAGCUUGGAUCCAAUCGACGAUACACCGAGCAAUCACAUGAUCUACUCAUACACCAAACUGAGGGAUUUUCUUGAAGUAACCAUGGCCGAAGCAAGCACAAGAAGACCAGGGCAGAAGAUGAAGCAAUUCCGCCGAGUCACCGAACGGUUCUCUUGGUUCUACGAGCACACGUUCGAUUCCUGUGAAAAUCCAACAACUGCUCCGUUUGGCACAGAAAAAUGGACCAUCCCAGAAGUCGGAACCGACAUCUGUGAUAGCUUCGUGUCGCUUAUGGACUCGACCAUGGAAUAUUACGACCACAAAGUUUGCCUCGAUCGAAUUGAUCUCAAGGAAAACAGAAGAGCAUACCGAAGAAAUGGGAAAAUCGUCGAUGAUGUCCGAAGAUCGAAGAAAGUUUUCAACAGACUUCUCAAAGCACUUGACUGUCCUCAGCGAUUGGAUGUUAACUAA